AUGAUAAAUUCUCAAUUACCAAAAUGUAAAAUUUUGGAAUGUUAAACAUCAUUUGGUGAUCAUUACAUGAUUGAAUUGUUUAAUUAUAAUGAUAAUAUUGGGAUGACUUUUGUAGAUCUUUACGAAUGCAGAGAGUAUUGGGAACGUAAAGUAACUAAAUAAUUAAUGAGUUAAUUAUUUAGAAGUUUUAGUCAUGAAUUCAGCACAUCACUUAAUUGUAUAAGAAUUCUUGCUGAAAGUGCUCUAGAAGAUAUUGAUGACGAUUACUUUGCCAUUAAUAUUAUAUAACCUAUUUUAAAUAGUUGUUAUAUUCUUAAUUCAAUAGUUUAAGAUGUUAGAGAUUUUAGUUUAAUUCUAUCUAAGAAUUUCAUUUUUACUGUUUAAAUUCAGAAUAUUUAUCUACUUAUAAAUGAAGUUGCUGAUUUAUAUAGAUAAUAAUUGAGUAUGAAAGGUGUUGAUUUGAAUAUCAAAAUGAAUGAAAUAUAUAUUCACACUGAUGGUUAACGUUUUAAAUAAGUUUUAAAUAAUUUACUUUCAAAUGCUCAAAAAUUCACAUUUCAUGGAAAUAUUACUAUUUGUCUAUCAGAACUAAUAGUAAGAGAUUAGGUUUUUGUUAAAGUCUGUGUAUCAGAUACUGGAUCAGGAAUGAAUUAAGAGACAUAAUCCAAACUUAAAGAAUUCCUUAAUUAACCACAUAAACGAUAAUCUAAUUUUAAUUAUGGACUGGGUUUGAUGAUUAGCAAUAGUAUUUGCAAUGGUUUAUCCCCUAAUUAUGAAUCUGGUAUUCAUUUUGAAUCUAAAAAUUAAAAUGGCUCUACAUUUUGGUUCUUUUUAGAAGAUCUUAAGAUGCUUGAAACUCCAGAUCUUAUAAGUAAGAGAACCAUUAAAUAUAAUAAAAUUAUUAGUUCUGGUAGAAGUAUUCUUGAACAAAGUUUUCUUAUUAGUCCAAGUGAUAAAAAAAGGUAAUCCUCUUUUACCUUUUCUCUCAAAGGUAAAUAAAAAUUAAUUGACAAAAAUUCAGAAAGUAAAACUAUUUUUUGUAAUCAAAGAUUUCUCUGAACCUGAUGAAACUAUUUCUGCUCCAUACAUAUUUAGAGAAACAAAAAAACCUAAAAAAUUCAAACAUUCCCCCUUAGAUUAAGUUGCAAAUGAAUCAACUGAAAAUGGAGUUAAAAUUUUAAUAGUUGAUGAUGAAUUUGUCAAUAUCUAUGCACUCACUACAAUGCUUUCUAGAUUAAAUAUUAAAUGUGAUUAAGCACAUAAUGGUCAAGAAGGACUGGAUAAAUUUAAAUCACACUAUUAUUAAGUCAUUCUAAUGGAUAUAGAAAUGCCUAUUAUGAAUGGAAUUCAAGCAACAAUAUUAAUUAUUGAUUAUUGCAGUUCUGUAGAUAUAGAUCCUCCAAUUAUUAUAGCUUAAACUGCCUACACAGAUAUGUAAACUAAAUAAAUGUGUAAAGAAGCCGGUAUGGACUAUUUUUACAAAAACCUAUUAGCACAAAUGAAAUUAAAUAAAUUUUAUAAACAAUUAAGUUGUUAUAAUGAACAAAAAAUAAUUGUCAUUACAGAUAUUUCUCCAACUCUUCUUCUUUCAAAACAAUUAGAUAAGUACUAAUACUUAGAUCAAAGAAGAGAAUUAGAUAAUAUUAAACAAAAUGACAAAUAUGAAAAUUAUAGUAUUAUUUGGAGACCUUCGGUAGAAAACUCUUUUUUGAUUUUCUCAUGAUUAAAUACAGAGAUAGAUAUGAUCUUGCUGUAGGUUAAUAGAGAUUAAACUGCUGCAUAGGCUAAAUCAUUUUUACAAAAAUAUUUUAGAAAUUUACUGUUUGUUAUUAUAUGCAAUUGAGAAUAAUAUCAAGUUACUUAAAAACACGUUACUACCAUACCAAGUAAAUUGAAAGAGAUCUAUCGUUAAUAAAUUAAAACUUCCUUAAUCAUGAUCUUCUAAAUAGAGUUAUGGUAAAUAUAUAUCCUACUCUUUUGGAAUAACAUUCUUGUAUUUAAUUUUUUAUUAUGAAAUUAAUGAAUAUCAUCAUAAUAAAAUUUGAUCGAUAAUUUGUUGAUGUUUAAAAUGAUAGGUCUUUUGAUUUAAUUUUAAAUAUUAAAAUGAGCUAUCGAAACUAUUAAAUAAUAAUAAGAGCCAAGUAAAUAGAGAAUCCAAAGAAGAGAAUAAAGAAUAGAGUUAAUAAAAUGUCUGAGUAUUUGUGA